CAUACAUGUAUGUAUUUAUUUUAUAUCUAUUAUAUUUCAGCACAUAGUACAUGUAGCACACAUUUAUUUAUUGUGUUUAUAUCUUUAGUCUAGAUUGCUCCACACAUGCAGGGAUCUCCCCAGGUGUACAUUUCAUACAGUACAGUUACAUAUAUUAUAUUUCAGGUCGUAAAAAAAAAAAAAAAAAAAAAAAAAAAAAAAACCUGCUGGAUCGCCACAGGUCAUUCUAUUUAUGUGUAUUGUACUACGCCUGUUGGAUCGCGACAGGUCGUAUCACCCUGCUGGAUCGCCACAGGUCAUUCAUUCUCUUUAUGUAUACUGUACUACACCUGCUGGAUCGCCACAGGUCAUUCUAUUUAUGUGUAUUGUACUACGCCUGUUGGAUCGCCACAGGUCGUAUCACCCUGCUGGAUCGCCACAGGUCAUUCAUUCUCUUUAUGUAUACUGUACUACACCUGCUGGAUCGCCACAGGUCAUUCUAUUUAUGUGUAUUGUACUACGCCUGUUGGAUCGCCACAGGUCGUAUCACCCUGCUGGAUCGCCACAGGUCAUUCUAUUUAUGUGUAUUGUACUACGCCUGUUGGAUCGCCACAGGUCGUAUCACCCUGCUGGAUCGCCACAGGUCAUUCAUUCUCUUUAUGUAUACUGUACUACACCUGCUGGAUCGCCACAGGUCAUUCUAUUUAUGUGUAUUGUACUACGCCUGUUGGAUCGCCACAGGUCGUAUCACCCUGCUGGAUCGCCACAGGUCAUUCAUUCUCUUUAUGUAUACUGUACUACACCUGCUGGAUCGCCACAGGUCAUUCUAUUUAUGUAUACUGUACUACACCUGCUGGAUCACCACAGGUCAUUCUGUCUAUUUAUGUGUAUUGUACUACGCCUGUUGGAUCGCCACAGGUCGUAUCACCCUGCUGGAUCGCCACAGGUCAUUCAUUCUCUUUAUGUAUACUGUACUACACCUGCUGGAUCGCCACAGGUCAUUCUAUUUAUGUGUAUUGUACUACGCCUGUUGGAUCGCCACAGGUCGUAUCACCCUGCUGGAUCGCCACAGGUCAUUCUAUUUAUGUGUAUUGUACUACGCCUGUUGGAUCGCCACAGGUCGUAUCACCCUGCUGGAUCGCCACAGGUCAUUCAUUCUCUUUAUGUAUACUGUACUACACCUGCUGGAUCGCCACAGGUCAUUCUAUUUAUGUGUAUUGUACUACGCCUGUUGGAUCGCCACAGGUCGUAUCACCCUGCUGGAUCGCCACAGGUCAUUCAUUCUCUUUAUGUAUACUGUACUACACCUGCUGGAUCGCCACAGGUCAUUCUAUUUAUGUAUACUGUACUACACCUGCUGGAUCGCCACAGGUCAUUCUGUCUAUUUAUGUGUAUUGUACUACGCCUGUUGGAUCGCCACAGGUCGUACUACCCUGCUGGAUCGCCACCGGUCAUUCAUUCUCUUUAUGUAUACUGUACUACACCUGCUGGAUCGCCACAGGUCAUUCUAUUUAUGUAUACUGUACUACACCUGCUGGAUCGCCACAGGUCAUUCUGUCUAUUUAUUUGUAUUGUACUACGCCUGCUGGAUCGCCACAGGUCAUUUUCUUAUUUUGUAUAUUGCACUACAUCUGCUGGAUCGCCACAGGUUAUUUUAUUUAUGUGUUUGUACUACGCCUGCUGGAUCGCCACAGGUUAUUUUAUUUAUAUAUAUUGUACUUCGCCUGCUGGAUCGCCACAGGUUAUUUUAUUUAUGUAUAUUGAACUACGCCUGCUGGAUCGCCACAGGUUAUUUUAUUUAUGUGUAUUGUACUACGCCUGCUGGAUCGCCACAGGUUAUUUUAUUUAUGUGUAUUGUACUACGCCUGCUGGAUCGCCACAGGUUAUUUUAUUCAUGUGUAUUGUACUACGCCUGCUGGAUCGCCACAGGUUAUUUUAUUUAUGUGUAUUGUACUACGCCUGCUGGAUCGCCACAGGUUAUUUUAUUUAUGUGUAUUGUACUACGCCUGCUGGAUCGCCACAGGUCGUAAUACCCCUGCUGGAUCGCCACAGGUCAUUCAUUAUUUCAGUAUAGUUAUGCAUACAUGUAGGUAUUUAUUUUAUAUGUAUUAUAUUUCAGCACAUAGUACAUGUAGCACACAGUAUUUAUCAUGUUAAUAUCUUUAGUCUAGAUUGCUCCA